UUUACCCAUUUGUGUAAAUCAAAAAAAAAAUUGUGCAGGAUAUCUCAUCAUAACCGGCAUCGUAUUUCUCACAUCGACAGAGCUUUGAUUGUUUACCCCUGGAUCGAGCGGUAUUUCGGCUCUUUUGGCGACAUCUUCACCACUACAGCAAUUUUAAAUAACCCCAAAUUGGCCGCCCUGGGAAAGGUCGUGCUAUCGGCUCUGGACACRGCCGUGAAGAACAUGGACAACAUCAAAGCGAUGUACGCUUCUCUGAGCAGGCAGCACUACGAGAAAAUCAAAGUGGAUCCGGAUAACUUCAGACUUUUGGCCGAAUGCAUCACAAUUACCAUCGCCUGCAAACUCAGAGCUGAGCUGAACCCUCAGGUCCAGGCCACCUGGCAGAAGUUUCUGUCUGCUGUGGUGGAGGCUAUGAACAGUCAGUACAAAUAAAAAAAAAAGCAGACCCAGGAGAAAAAUGUACCAUUGAAUAAAACCCUCUUUUUCAAAAGCAUUUAUGUGCUUGUCAACAUGGGAAAACAGAGCAAGUGCUUGAAGAUUUGCAGAAGCUGUGUGCCCACGGUAGUGUCGUGUGUGUAAGUUGAAUUUUUGCGACCCCUGGAGGCAAUAAAGUAUAUAACAGAC